CUAAGAACUGAGCAAAACGACAUGGAGUGUGUAAUAAGGUUGAAGCGAAAAGGGCAAUGGAUAUUGCCGAGAAGAAAAUUUCAGAGAGUGAUUACGUAGGAGCCAAGAAAUUCGUCAACAAGGCUCAGAAUUUGUAUCCGAAUCUUGAUGGACUGAAACAAGUGUCGGUGAUGAUCACUGGAGGAAGAGAAGCUGAUUGCUACAGAGUUCUUGGUGUUGAUCCUUUGGCUGAUGAUGAAACUCUGAAGAAGCAGUACAGUAAGUUAGCUCUUUUGGUUCAUCCUGACAGGAACAAGUAUAAAGGCGCGGAAGGUGCGUUUAAUUUGGUUUUAGAAGCUAGGCGUCUGUUAUCUGACAAAGGUUAGUAGAACCGCUUAUGAUCAAACGCUGGGAUGCAGAAACCACCACCAUACCAGAAAUCU